CUCCCCUACACUCAGCACCCCAAUCCCUUAAUGUACACACACGCACGCGGACCCAGCGCAGAUCCAAAGCAGGAGUCAAACAGCAUCUUCGCGUUUUCUACCAGCUCCCCCUUUUCUUACAAAGGAGGAAGAAGCGGGCACUUCCAAGGCAGUGAUGGCUCUCCAGAAGACCCUUUCAUUGCUUCUGCUCUCACUGCUGACCCUGCUGGGGCUGGGGCUGGUGCAGCCCUCCUAUGGCCUGGCCACGUAUGAAGGAUUCCAGCGGGAACAUGUGGACUCUACAGGGACAGGUGGCACCAACUUGUACUGCAACACGAUGAUGCAAAGACGUGGGAUGACCAGGCCUAGGUGCAAGCAAUUCAACACCUUCAUCCACGAAGACAUCGGGACCAUUAAUAACAUCUGCAACGCCCCCAAUAUCCAGUGCAAGGAUCACAGGAUGAACUGCCAUGCGGGUGUAGUGAGAGUCACAGACUGCAGAAAUACAGGAGGUUCCUCGCCCUACAACUGCAGAUAUGGGGCCAGGGCCAGCACUAGGCGUGUUGUCAUUGCCUGUGAGGGUAACCCCCUGGUGCCUGUGCACUUUGACAGAUAGAUACUACCCUGCAGGGGGUAUGGCCCCGUGGUUGACCUUUAACUUAUUCCUUGAAUAGCAAUGACUAAUGCAUUUGAGCUAUCUCAGUCUCUGCCUCCUCUGCUUACCUGGUAUUACUCCCUUUUCUCUAUAUAAUUCAUUUUGUUAAAUGCAUCAAAGGGAAAUAGAGACAUAUAAUGGGGCUGGACUUUCUUGUAAUAAAAUUUUCUACAAACUCUUCUGUUUCCUUUUAUAGUACUGGUCAGCUUAACCCUCUCAGAUCCUAGUCUCUGGAAUUAAGUCAUUAUAUGGAUAAUAUACCAUUGCAAGUAAUUUAAGGUGCUUCCAUCUCAGUUAUCUCAUUUUAAUACCAUGCACCCUUGUGAUGCUGAUAUUGCUACAUAUAGGGCCCAAAGUUAAAAGAUUUGCUAACAACCUUGAAGUUAGUGGAAAAGCUGAAGCAAAAAAUCCAUUUCAACUGGCUACUAAUCCAGGACUUUUUCUACUUCAACACAAAGGAGUGUUUUGAAAGUAUCUGCUUUUUGGUAUUCCCAGCAGUCAGCUGUUGGGGGAAGCAUUAAAAAAUUGGAAAUAUAAACUGGGAAAAUGAGAGCUCUGUCUGUGUAAUUUGGCAACUUUGUUAUGUUUGGGUCUAAUAAAAUUAAGAAAUGAUACAGAACUUUCUUUUUCUCUUCCCAAACUUCUGAAUCACAGUAGCAAGUAGGAGUAUUAACAAUGCACUAGAUCAGGGGUCCUCAAACUAUGGCCCUGCGGGCCACAUGCAAAUAUAAAUAUUGUAUUUGCUCCCGUUUUGUUUUUUUACUUCAAAAUAAGAUAUGUGCAGUGUGCAUAGGAAUUUGUU